GACGAAGACAGUGUCCGCGUGGGUCGCGGCUGACAUCUUGCAAACGCCGGAAUACGGCUGACCGCCGGGCUGGAUUCCACGUCGUUGUAGGCGGCAGGACACACCGGAUCGAGCCCUCGCGACGAGUCACAGGCCACACACUCGUGCGCGAGUGUAGCCGCAGUCCUUAUGGCGUCGAAGAGGAAUUUUGAUCCGGCCGUGCACUGGUUUCCGGACUGGGACAACCGCACGCGAGGAUGGCCGCUAGUGGGAAACCCGAUCCCGCUGAUCGUCAUCUGCGUCCUCUACGUCUACGCCGUCAAAAUUGUGGGCCCCAAGUGGAUGCGCGACCGCAAGCCCUUCGAACUUCGCGCCCUCAUGGCCGUCUACAACUUCGCACUCGUUAUCGUCAACAGUUUCUUCGUCUGGACGUUCGUGCGGCACGGCUACGUCGCCAAGGGCUACAAGGUCAUCGGUCAGACCAACGACUACUCUACCGACCCCCUGACCAUGCACAUCGUCCACCUGACAUGGUGGUACUACGUGCUCCGCCUGGUGGAGUUCCUGGACACGGUGUUCUUCGUGAUGCGCAAGAAGUACGCCCAGGUGACGGCGCUGCACGUGUUUCACCACGUAGUGGUCGCCUGGAACAUGUGGAUGAACGUCUCGUUCGGCGGUCAGGGACAGACCAUGUUCGUCACCGUGGUCAACUCGAGCGUGCACGUGGUCAUGUACACCUACUACUUCCUGUCGGCGCUGGGCCCGGCCUUCCAGCGGUUCACCUGGUGGAAGCGAUACCUUACCCAGCUGCAGCUCACCCAGUUCGUGACCGUCCUUCUGCACAGCCUGUCCUAUGCGUUCUACAGGGAAGGCUCCAUCCCGGGAUUCACUCUGGUCAUGGUCAGCGAAGCGGUGGUGUUCCUCGUGUGGUUCCUGUCCUUCUACAGCAACGCGUACCGCAAGGGUGGCCGUAGCACAAUGGACAUCGUCACAAGCACGGCGGUCGCGGCGACGGAAGCACUCGCCAAGGUUGCCUCCUCUUGCUGCCCAGAGCCACUGAACGAGAACAAAGACCAGUGAGCUGCUCUGACGGACUUUUUAGAAGAGAAGGACU